AAACAAGAUUUAGCCGAAUUGUUCAAAAAUUUGAAAAGACUUCUAUUACAAGCUCAAGAGGUUGAAGAAACUAUGAAACGUAUUCAAUCUCACAAAGGGGUUGUAGGAACAAUUGUUGUUAAUACAGAAGGUAUUCCAAUAAAAUCAACAAUGGACAAUACUACUACUGUUCAAUAUGCCGGGUUAAUUAGUCAGUUAUCGGAUAAAGCACGAUCGGUAAUCAGAGACUUAGAUCCAACAAAUGACCUUACAUUUCUUCGCAUUCGAAGUAAAAAGCAUGAAAUAAUGGUGGCUCCAGAUAAAGAGUUUAUUUUAAUUGUAGUACAGAACCCAGUGGAUUGAUGAGAAAAUAAUGUGAUUUAUUAUAAAAUCAUAAAAGGCUCCAUAAAAAAUCGGCAUAUUUUAAUAAAAUGAACAAAUUUUAUGACAUAAAAAUUUUACAUUCAAGUGUACUUUUUCUAAGUUUCUUAAAAAUAAAUAAAUAUAACGUUUG